CGGAUGGACGUUCGGAUCGGCGAUGAUCGUCCUCGUGUUUUCGUCCUCGCCAUGAAACGCCGUCCCCUUUCGUAGCAUCAUCCAUCCCCCCCCAUUGCAUCGAGGGAGACGCGCGUUCGAUGGAACGCGCCGGAACGGGUGAAAAAUGUCCGAGAAGAGUUCGAACGAAAUUCUCGAGGGGAAGAAGAGGAGCACCGCCCAGCGAAGAUGGCGCAUCCUUGCCAAGGCGUUGAUAGGCACCGUCUCGGAACCGAUCUCCGUCGAUCCUGAGAACGAGAUAUCGGUGCGCCGUUUCACCAGCUUCGAUCUGUUGAGAGUGAAUCGGUUGGAGGGCAAUCCAACCGCGGAUCCGGAUUCGUUCGCGGCUUGGUACGAAUAUUCGACCGUUUUGGACAACAAGUUGUUCACCAUAGAGAUACGCCGGCGAACAAAGAGAAAUUUCACGGCGAACGAGUUGAUCGGGUUCAACAAUACGGGAAACAUCUGCGUCUGGCCGUCGGAGGAAUGUUUGGCUUAUUACUUGUUGAAAAAUCGGCAUCUCUGUCGAAACAGAAGAGUCCUCGAGCUCGGUGGCGGUAUGAGCUGUCUGGCGGGGAUGCUCGCCGCCAAGUACUGCGACCCGAAGGAAAUCGCGCUCACGGAUGGGAACGUGACCAGUGUGAACAACGUGCGACGAAUCAUAUCUAGGAACGGCAUGUCCGAUUUCGUCGAGUGUGGCGUGGUACAGUGGGCCAAAGCGGCCAGGGCGAUCAGGGCAGCAAGAUCGGUCAGGCCGUUCCUACACCCCCAUCCCAACGCUCUUCGAGUCAAGAACUGGAGUGGCGGCGCCAAGGAUGUUGCAAAAUUAACGGAAAAACUGUACGACGUGAUCCUGUGCGCGGAUUGUCUUUUCUUCGACGAGGCUCGUUCCGAUUUGGUGGAGACGAUCUACGGCUGGCUGGCAAACGAUGGCCUCGCUCUGGUGAUGGCGCCUAGACGGGGAUCGACUUUUGAACAAUUUGCGGAAGCGGCGAUAAAGAGGGGUUUCGUCGCGCGACAAAUAGAUCGUUACGACGCUACGAUUUGGUCGAGGCAUCUGGAAUUGUUGGAGAACAGCCAGGAAUAUUGUCCAGACCUCCAUUAUCCGAUUCUUCUGGAGCUUACCAAGCAGAAGAAAACGUCGCCAGGAUGAUGAAACU